CCGGUGCAGCGACUUGAGCAGACCUCACACAGCACACAAAAGGCCUGGCUAACGGAAUGUCGUCCAACAAGGAAAUCGGCGCGCCAUUUACUUUGGCCUCGCUGUCAAAGCCUGUUAACUCCACCAACGGGCGCAUCCAUGCAACUGGUGUGUGCAGCAUCAGUGGGAUCAAAAAGAGGAAGCGCACGGAAAUUGUUGUUGGUGUCGAGGGCGAAUGCAUAAGUAUUUACAGUCUGCAAAACCCUCAACUCGUCACCUCAUAUGCGCUUCCGCCCAGCGCUUCCUUCACAGCCGCCCCAUACUCGACAUACCGAAAGGGCUCGUCCAAGACAGCCGCCCAGCGCUUCACAUACGCUUCCGUUACCGAGUCGACCGCUGGAGCAAAGUCACAGCUAGUCUGCUUCCACGAGACCAUCUUCGGCGACAAUGCAGAGACUGCGAAAACCUCGUACACACCCUCGAACGGCGCCCAGGUCUCGACGAUCGAGUCGCUCCCUGUCGCAGGGGCUAGCUCGAGCAAGGAUUCGACACACGAUGUACUUACUACCUUCGACAACGGAGAUGUCAUCUGUCUGUCCGCAGACCUCUCGACUGUCCGAUGGGUCGCGAAUCUGACAUCAGCGGGUUCGCAGAAGAGCAACGACUUCAAGAUUGAGAACAUCACACUGUCGAUCGCCCGUAAUGUAACGCGAGGCCUGUUGCGCAGCAGAGAAGACAUUGCAGCUCUACUGAGCCCCGAAUCCAACGAAGCUUCCGAUCUGUUGGAGCUUACCCAAAUACUCUGCGUCAUCGGCCAGAACACAAACGGGAGCAGGAUCUUGCAGCUUCUGCAGGUGCAGCCUCGGAAUGCGGAUCUUCCCUCGACCCAGCUACAGCCGCUCAAGCACCUGCUUUCGAUCAGCCUGCCCAAGCCUUCAAGCAUACUACUUCGCACAGACUCAACCGCGACCUAUUCACUUCACGCCACUAGUGGUGCGCUGCACAUUUUGGUCGACGGUGGCAUCAUUUCAUACGACCUGUCAGGAACUGUACCCAAGAUCAACUCUGAGCUUCUGCUCACUGAAGCAAAGAUCGACUCGUUCUUGCGCAUUUCCCAGGACGUUGUGUUCACAACAGCGCCAGGCUCAUGCCGUGCGUUUGACGUCAAGUACAACUCUUUGCAAGCCUACUUGACACUGGGUACGUCUCCCGCAUCGGACGACGCAGCUUCCAAGAAGCGGAAGCACGCUCAGCCAGAUGCCGGGACAUCAGCCACACCCCAACUAGUAGCCUACUAUGCCGAGCUCGGUCUUGUAGUAGCCGUACGCGAUGAUGAGCUCCUCGGCAUGCAGUACGGAGGCACAAACGCACGCAAGCGGGUCAAGACCGAGGGCACCCUACUGAUUGACGCGCUCGGCAAGGGUAUUGCAAAGCCUAAGGCUGGCGCAGAAUCGGCCAAGUGGCUGGACAGGAAGGAGAAGCUGGACCGCUACGCUUCAAAGAGCAAGAUUGCUAAAUUCGAAGGUGUUCUCGCUUCAUGCCUGGGUGUACCACUGGAGAAGAAGACAGACACACAGGCCAAGCAGGAGAAUGAGGUACAGGGCGGACCUCUGACCAACGGUGUGGGCCCGAGCCUGCCAAAAGAGGACGCUAUGGUUGUUGAGAAGGCUGAUGAUGAGGCUUCCGAGGAUCAACUGCGGAAGUGGAACCUGCUUUCGGCCAUCCCCGAGUCGCAACGACAGCUGCACCGUCAACAUGCUCUCUACGCGCUCAGCAAGAUCUUCAGAUUCGAGGGCAGUACACUGACGGUCGCUUUCUUCCCUCCCAACGUCUUCCAGUGGCUGCUACAAAUCGGCCACCUGACUAAAGAAUCCAUCCGCCGCGCCCUCCUAGACGAAGCGUCCGAGUUCGCCCACGCCGUCCCCAAAAUCACCGACGGCGACAUCGUGAAAGCCAUCGUAGCUUUCGACCCCGAGCUCCACAUCCUCUCCGCCGUGCUAAACCACAAGCACUUCCUCCCCAUCGGCGAAGUCGUCGAAGCCAUCCGCCUCCUCACACAGUCUCUUGACGACAAGCCCUCCACAUCCUCAGACACGCCCAAGCUGCUCACCAAUGGCACCGCCCCCGCAGACUCCGACAUGGACGUCGACGUCGAACUCGAUGCGGCAACAACAGAAGUCGACCACGCCCUCACCGUGCUCUCCAACGGCGUCUCCAUCCGCAGCAACACCCUGCGCCCCGCGCUCACCCGCCUGCACACUUUCCCCGCCCCCCUCAUCAGCUCAACACUACGCUCCGUGCUGCCCCGCCGAGAUCUCGAGAGCCUGAUCCGGCUGCUGCACUUCGAGCUCAAGAACGGCGGCUGGAGUUCGCAGUACGAUUUCAUCGAUCCGGAAGCCUCCACCGACGACAGCCCCGACGACCACGCAGUGACCAUCAUCGCGUCCCUGCUGUCCAGCACGCUCGAUGCCAUCGGCGCCGGGGCCUGGCUCGCGGCCGUCGGCACUCCUACAGACGCUGACGAGGGCAAGGACAUCAUCGACGCGCUGCACGCAGACACUUCGGAGGCGCUGAAUGGAUUCUGGGAAGCGCGGUAUAUGCGCGGCUUACUUGGGGAGUUCUUGCGGUAUGCGGCGAAUACGCCCAAGUCUCAGAAGCCCAGUAACAAGAGUCUGGAGAACCAGAACAAGCCAUUCGCUGUUGCGGGCAUCAAGGACGAGGACUUGCCCAUGCUGCCGCUUGGUGGGCGCGGCGAUAUGGGGAUUGAGAAAACGAAGCAGGGCAAGGGCGGUCGGAGGGAGGAGAGGAGUAAGCGCGAGAUUGGUAUGCUCAUCAGUAAGAAGGUGCCCAAGUACAGCUUUGAGAGGAUCGUGGUUUGAGGAUCAAGCGAGGCAAGGUCAACUGGCGGAGCUGUGUUGGAUAGUGAUGAUGUAGAAGUAGACAAAGAUACCAGAAGAGAUGACGCGACCUGUCGCUUCGCAAUUGUACGUUACCGUCUCCAAAUCAAUGCGUCUAAUGUCGGGUCGU